AUGAAACUGGGCACCGGCAACUACAUCGUGCGCAAGCAGGUGGGUGAGGGCUCCUUCGGCCGAGUUCUGGCUUGCUUCGAGGAGUCGACGAAGCAGCUGGUGGCAGUGAAGGUGGUGAAAGGUGUGGCGCGGUACAAAGAGCACGCGCAUGCCGAGGCGGAGCUGCUCAGGGAGCUGCGCAGAUGUGAUCCAGGCAGACAGAGCUACUGCGUCAAGCUUCUGGGAGAGUUUACCCAUGAUCUGAACCACUGCUGCUUGGUGUUUGAGCUCUUGGACAAGAGUCUCAGCGACUUCAUGCGAGAGACGGAUGAUCAGGGGCUGAUGCUCAGAGACAUCAGGACGAUCGCCUCUCAGAUUCUGCAGUGUCUGCACUUUCUCAACGCUAUGAGUUUGACUCACACGGUUCACAGUUCACAGCUCAUGGCUCUCGGAAGAUGCUACGAUAAGCUUCGUAUAUCAUUCCGCCUCUACGUCGGCGACAUCAAAUGCCGCAAUGCCAUGCUGAAGGACUCCAGGGGCGAAAUGGUCCCUCAUCCAAGGAAGUCGGGGCGGGAAACCAAGAAGUUGCACCGAUGCGAAAUUCGCGUGAUCGACUUCGGUGGUGCAGUGCUGAAGAAGGAGCGUCACAGCAAGCGGGUCGGGACCAGGCAGUACCGAUCUCCAGAAGUCGUCCUGGGACUUCCAUGGGAUGAGAAGACGGACGUUUGGAGUCUCGGCUGCAUUCUUCUCACCCUAUACACUGGAGAGCGCCCGUUCCCGGUGCAAAACAGCCUUCAGCACCUGGCGAUGAUGCAACGAGUGAUCGGAGAGCUUCCGCGGGAGAUGUUGCGAAAUGCCGCUUCAGGCGGCAGCUUGCCAGAAGACGUCUCGGUAGACGGCCAAGGCUCACUGCGCCUGAACCGCAAGUUUGUCGACGAGGCUCAGGAGGCGAUCAACAUGGCCAAGCCCUUGCAGCAGAGGGUUCUGCCGCAGCACAGCACGCUUCUGGCGUUGCUGGGAGCUCAGACUGAAGUGACUGAAGCAGAGGCAUCUGAGGCGCAGCCAUGGCGCAAUGAGACAGAGUGCUACGGCUUAAAGAACAGAGAGAUGAAGAUAAGAAGCAUCAGAAGGAGAAAGAGUGAGACAGGCCGGGGGCUUCCUUUUCGGGGAGUCUCUCUCCGCUGUGUAGAGGAAUCAAACCAGAUUUGA